GUCAGCGUUGUCAACAGAUUUUAGGUCAUUCUAUAUUGCCUUGUGCUUGAUGAAAGCCUUAUGGAAAUAUGGCCGCAGCAAAGGCAGUUCUAGGAAUGGUCAAGGAUGAUGAUAUGCAAGAUGUUGAAGAAGGAAAUAGUAAUGGAGCUGCUCCAACUUCCACAAAAAUACAUCGCCGGCCUUUACGGUUUACUAUUGGCUUUAAACUUGCCCUCUUUGUCGGGAUUUUGACGUUGCUCACUGUAGGAGUCAUGGCGGUGCUAGCUUGGGCUACGAGCUCCAGGCUUCUCUCCGCACAGAUCAGUGAACGCAUGAACACUAUUGCAUUACUCCGAGCGCAACAUCUAACCAUGUACAUCGCAAACACCCUUGGAAAUCUUCAACUCAUAUCCAGUAGGGUUCUGAUUCAGAAUUACCUGAAAAGAAUUGUAGAAGGGGGUAACAUGACAGAAUUUGAACUCGACAUCGGGGAGAAUGACCUCAGAAGUGCCGUGUCGAGCUACCAAGGCAUGGUAAUGAUAGAAUUUCUCUUACCCAACGGAAGUACAAUCUUUCAAACAACAAGGGAUGACAUAUCACUGGACACAUUGGACGCCGUGCGUUAUCGCCCAGGGGAUUCCCUCACGAGCGGUUUCAAGCUGUACAAUCCUAUACGACUUCCGUCAGGGCUGUUUGUGUGGGCAUUAACCGCACCUGUAAAGUCACUUUCAAACGCGAGCAUGGACCUGGGGAUGGUGCACAUAGUCACUGAGACGUUGGAUAUUGGGGAUAUACUUUGGGAUAGAGCUGGCUUAGGUGAUACAGGACAGCUUGUUUUGGUUGCUCGCGAAAUGAACGAUGAAUAUCGCUUCGUUAUGCCCCCUGAACGCCAUCCAGAGGUCUUCAAUACCACAAAUCACCAACUAUCAGAAUACGAAGCAUUGUCGACAGCCGUUCAGCAUAACUCUAGUGGUGUCACUACGGGGACGUCAUACGACGGGACAUUAGUCGUGACCAGUUACCAAUUCAUCCCUCAUGGCAACUAUAUUCUUCUGGCUGAGCAGUCUUCCUCCGAGAUCAAUGGUCCAAUUCAUCGUCUUCGAUUCUACCUGCUAAUGGGGAUCAUUGCAAACUUGGUAGCCACGCUUCUCAUCUCUAUAUUUGCCGCACAGUACAUUGUCGUGCCAAUCAGGAGACUAAGAACCCUAGCGUUGACGUUUAGCCGGGGAGAUUUCUCAGCAAGAGCAAUAUGCAAAGAAGGCACAUUUUCAGACGAGAUUAGAGAGUUGAAUCAAGCUUUCAACACUAUGGCAGUUCAACUGAGUAGUCAAUAUGAGGUGCUGGAAAGGAGGGUUCAGGAGCGCACAGAAGAGCUGGCAGCGGCAAAGCGAGAGGCUGAUGGCGCUAAUGCAGCAAAGUCGGCGUUUUUGGCUGCCAUAACUCAUGAGUUGCGCACUCCUCUGAACGGGAUUAUUGGGCUCAGUGCGCUACUUGCCGAAACGUCGCUGAACGAGGACCAGAAAGACCUGAUUAGUUCUAUACGAGAAUGUAGCGAUGGAUUGUUGAUCAUUGUGAACGACGUACUGGAUUUCUCAAAGAUAGAGGCCGGCAAACUUGAACUGGAGAGCCGCCCCUUUGACCUGCAACAGUGCAUCGAGAACGCCCUAUACCUUCUCAAUCUCAAGGCUUCACAGAAAGGGCUAAUUCUUUCACACCGAAUAGAGCCGAGCACACCAACGUUUAUAAUGGGCGAUACUGUCCGGCUUCGGCAAAUUCUCAUCAACCUGGUCGGAAAUUCAGUGAAAUUUACGUCAGAAGGUUAUGUUCUGGUAACGGUCACCGCACGCGCUAAUGGAAGCAACACAGUCGAGCUGAAAUUCCAAGUUGAGGAUACCGGCAUUGGUAUACCGUCAGAAGCGCUUGGGAGGCUUUUUCAAUCGUUUUCUCAAGUUGAUUCGUCGACUACGCGGCAAUAUGGAGGAACAGGCUUGGGGUUGGCGAUUUGCAAACAGUUGGUCCAAAUGAUGGGUGGAACAAUAUGGGUUACAUCUGAGCAAGGCAAAGGAAGCGUCUUCUCCUUCACUAUCAGUACCAGCGUUGUUAGUUCGAACAAGAUCACAAAAAAGACGGAAGCGAAAGAAGAACUAUUGCAUGAUUUAGCUGAUAGGUAUCCCAUGCGACUGCUAAUGGCAGAGGACAACGCAGUCAAUACCAAAUUGGCAACGAGGAUGCUGCAGCGACUGGGAUAUACCGUUGACGUGGUAACAAACGGAGCGGACGCUGUCGAGGCCGUCAACAACCGUCCAUACGAUCUGAUUUUGAUGGAUAUGCAAAUGCCAAUUAUGAAUGGAUUGGACGCAACGAUGCGUAUUCGAGCUGACAGGAAAAUCGAUCCUCAGCCUAUAAUAAUAGCUCUGACUGCGAAUGCAAUGGACACUGACAGGAUAAAGUGCCUGCAAGCAGGGAUGGAUCAUCAUUUGUCGAAGCCCAUCAAAUUGGAGGUUCUUGCGGAGGCUUUGGAAAUAUGGGGUGCACGAAUAGCGACUAAUCGAAUACGUCGCAAUACGAUGGCAUCACUGGAAAGGGUUUCUGAGAGUGUCCUCCAGAUUAAAUCUCAUAAUUGGUCCGUGUAAAUAAGGAGAUACGCUGUGGUAUAAUUUGUAUACGAUGAGUUCAUAAAUCGCAAAAAUAUACAUAAUGCUG